GCGCUCAACUCUAUGCUACAGGUUGGGCCAGUCAAGGGGGUCGAGUUGUGAGGUAGUGUUCAGGGUGAGUCUUUUGGUGUGUUACUCACGGUGGCGAAACAUAAGUGUUACUCCUUCCUUCAUCCUUCCUUCAUCCUUCCUUCCUUCCUUCACCUUAUCUUCACUACCAUUAAACAAGUGCCCACCCCUACCAUCUCUCUUUCUCUAUCUCUCGAGUGAAAAAAUAAUCGAAAAUCAGGUCAUGAACCGCUUGUGAUAUCCGACUGGAAACACCGUGAACUGUGUUGUGACGAUUAUCAAGAGGAUCAUUGUCGUUAUCGAGGACAGUUAACGAGACAAUUAGAGACCAGAGACCAUUAAGGAAUCCCCCAGCAGGAGUACCUCACCACCUUCACCCUUCAUCAUGGUACCUGUCAUACACCUGCUGCUUCUGCUUACUACAGCGUCUGAGUUUGCCAUGAGUCAAUUGGGUGGUGCAGACGAAGAGCCUCUUGACCCAGACGCUGAAAGAGGCGUUCACGAAGGUAACCAUGAGACUGAGCUUGCGGCUGAGUCCUGGAGUGCUACGCCCUUGAUUCGAACCCCAGAGGGAGUCACACACACACAGUUGUUGGACCUUGGCACUACGACAAUCACCUACGCUCCCUCGCCCUCCUCGCCCUCACCCCUUGUGUCUAUCAAGUCCUCGAUGCCGGGGAUUUCUCGUACUAUAUCAACACUGGAUCCACGUACGUUAUCAACACUGGAUUCACGUACGAUAGCAACAGAAGAUCCACUUACGAUAUUAAUAGAGGAUCCACGUACGAUAUUAACACAGGAUUCACGUACGAUAUUAAUAGAAGAUCCACGUACGAUAAUAGCAGAGGAUCCACGUACGAUAUCGACUCAAGAUCCUCGUACGAUAUCUUCGACAGGGGUUCCUCAUACGAUAGCAACACCUUCUGUAGCGGUGGUCUUGACAGGUGUUCCUCUCAGCUUUCCCGCCCUGGGCCGUGAGUCCGGCAGCUCUGAGACACUGUGGUCGGACGCCACCACCAGCGCCGCGCCACCUGACGACCGGCCUCCUACCCGCGGCGACUUACCUCCUCACCUGGACUCAGAGGAGACCACCAGGUACACCAGCGGCCUCCUCUUCUCCCCGCCUCUGGACACCUUCUUUACGCUUAUUGAUGAUUCGUCAGUUGAUCGUUCGUCAAGUGAUCAGCCGUUAACUGAUCAGCCAAACAGUGAUUAUUAUUUAUCAAGUGAUGAGUCGCUGACUGAUCCUUCUCCAGCUGAUCAUUCACUAACUGAUCAGCCACCGAGUGAUUAUUCAUCAAGUGACCAGUCGUUAAUUGAUCAGUCGCAAACUGAUCAGUCUUCCAGUGAUUAUUUAUCAAGUGAUCAGUUAAUAACCGAUCAGUUGCUAACUGAUCCUUCUCCAGCUGAUCGUUUAUUAAGUGAUCAGCCGCCAGGGAGCGAAACCAGCACGACUGAGAGAACUCCCACACCCACAAGUCCGUCCAGAGAGCGAGAGGCUGACGGGGACGAGGACACGAGGGCGGAGGACGUCACUGUGGACCCUCGGCUGACGUCUGAGGGAACUACCGUGACGGGUCUUGAUCUCCUGACUGAAGGGAGUCACACGGAGGCUGUCACAGAGACGACUUCUACACAGUCUGUCACCACGGGCGUCCUCACCACCUACUCCUCCUUCCUAGACCUACACGACAGCUGGGUGUGGUUCUUGAUCGGUCUACGCGGGAACUGCCCCCUCGUCGACUUCACCAACUCCUACAUCCUCUUCUCUGACUUCAUCACGUCGGUGUCGUCGCUGUUGCUGUACAAUAAGGAACACAUCGUCAUCAACACUCUGUCCUGCUCGAGCAACAAGAUGAUGGUGAACAUGUCUAUAGAUCCCAUUUCUUACCCAAACUGUGAAGGAGACAUAAGAACUCUCCUCUCCCACAAGAACCUCCGCCUGGACCUACACAACGCUUCCUUUUAUAUUGAAUCUUAUGAAACGAAACGAACUUUAAUUUUCGAGACAAAACCUGACGUACACGAGGACGGUUAUAAGAUCUUGUACUUGACUCUGGGUGGUGUUGGCGUGUCACUUGUAUGUAUAGUGUUUGCGGGAAUAUUUUUUGCCAUAUAUCAGUGUACUGGGACGAGGAAUGGCAAGUUUAAUAUCGAGGCGGCAGAUAAAUUCCUGCCAGAGUCACCCCGAAGUCUCCGUCCCAAGAUGGAGAUGGACCACACCCUGAGGCUGGCCGACACUCACACCUACACUGUCAACAUGUACAAGAGUUACAGUGACCUCAGCUCCCAGGACCUAUACGGCUCGUCCAGCUCCCCAGACUUCCUCGAGAGCGCCAGGGAGAGCAGCACCAAGGCCUCCACCAACACGAUGAAGCCCAAGAAGAAGAAAAAAAGCGGCAAUGGAGGUUUAGGUAACUUGGAGACCCACCACCAGGAGCUGUGGUCUGAGAGCCUUACUCAGACCAACGAGGAGUUCAUGGCCAUCAGGAGUGUCAACACUCUGGCUUCUUCCUUCAGAGGGAACGAAAACGACCCUGAUAAGGAGAGUCUCAACCCGCUGCUGAUGAACGGCCGAGCCAACCAGGAGCUCGGAACGACAACAAAAGCUCCUGCAGAAGACAAUCCAAUUCCGCUAAUCUGUCCGUCCACUCCAGCCAUCCCAAAGGGCGUCUUACAGAGGAUGGAUGACCUCAUUACCAAUACACUAUCCAACAGCAGCCCCAACAUCACCACCGGCGUCAACACUGCUAAACCCGCUCACAGCGCCCUCGAAGGUGCUUAUACGGCAGCUGCGUAUUCUAACACGACCAUCAACAUGUCAUCAUCAACCAUCUUCACCACCACCACCGCAGCAGCUACAACAACAACAACAACAACAACAGCAUCCAGCACGGAGAGGAAAGCCGCGGCGCCCCCGACCACCACGGCCUCGGCUGAGAACCUGUGCCUCACCCGCAUCACUUUCAUGGAGAUGUGUAUUUGGCCCCAACACUCCGCCACACUCCCAGAUCUCCCACUCUUUCUCCAAUCUUCGUCAGAAUAAACACAACAACAUACCCCCAGGAGCAUGCUAUCACGAUUCCACUACAAUGCCUGCUGAAAACAUCUAGAAAAUAAAUCUGCAUGAAUUACAAACAAAUGAAACCAUUGAUAGAGCAUAGUCAAGUCACAUUAAACAGUACAGGACAAACAAGUUCUCGUAUGAAUCGGUGAGUAUAGACACCAUGAACGAGCAAACAAAAGACAAAUGGAAAACUAUAGAUGUAUGGGCCGAGUUGAGUCAGACUCAGACCGUCAGAGGAGAAGUAGGUGCUGAAGCUUGAGGGUGUUGUCUGGCGCCUCCGCUUGAUUACAACUGACCUGACAAGAAGAUUUUAAUGGUCUUGAAGUGUAAAAGAAAAGGAGAAAAACAAAACGGGAUGAAUUUAACAGCAGGUAAGUGAGGGAGACUGGGGAAGGGGAGCCAUUACUUUCUACCACAACUACCACCAACAACAGGGGAGGGGGUGGGGGGAUAGGUGUGGCAUGGACUGAUUGACUGACGCAGUAACGCAUGGGUGGAUAAACGCAUGGAUGAAUUAAUCGAAUGUUUAUUUUAAUUUAUCGAUUUUUUUCCUUUUUUUUGUAAAUUUGUCGAAUAUUUGUUAAUGAAUAAAU